GAUAUAGUGAUGAUUACAGAAGCUUCGAUGAUCUCGAGCUUAUAGGCCAAGGUAUAUAAAUUUUCAGCUAUUAUCGAAAAUAAUGGCUGAAUUAAGAUCUAUUCAACUUGGACUGAUUCUAUAUCUGACCUCCAUUACCAUGGUCAUGAUGGUUAUGGCUAAAGAAGAAUCGUUUCAGGAUGUAUUACAACUUAAACGCCAGAAACACCUUUAUUUGGCGUCGAGAAAUUGUUCGUCAGAUCCUCUUCGGAGACGAAUCUCCUGCAGCAAUAAGGGGUUCCGAAAUGUUCCACAAGACUUGUUUUCAUUUGUCGAGGAACUGGACCUUUCCUACAACAACAUCCGAUUUCUUUUAAACAUGUCGUUUAGCCAUUACCGAUGUCUAAAAAACUUGUCACUAUACGGAAAUCAAAUAAGUAACAUUGCGCUCGGAAGCUUCCACGCUUUGUCAGACCUCGAGCAUCUGAAUCUGGGAAGAAACUUGAUGUUAACAUCCAUCGCGUCUGAUAUGUUCAGAAACUGUACAAAACUGUCUUCUUUAAGUUUUGCCGAGGAUUCCUUAGAAUCCAUUCCUGGCAAUAUUUUAAAAUGGGUUCCGAAUCUUCAAAUACUCGAUCUGCGUUUUACUCACAUUCGCACUGUCAACGUCACUUCUUGUAGUUCAGAAAUAGUUCCAAAACUUGAAAUAAACCUUGAAGGUACUAGAAUAACUGCAAUUGCGAAUGACACAUUCAGAAUCGACUGUAAACUACAUCAUCUUGACCUCAGCUCUUUGAAAAAUAUCACAGCGAUCGAUCAGAAAUCUGUAUCAUUAAUACGCUCAUAUUCGCUCUCCUUCAGUCGCAUCAGCAUGGCGCCAGAUUUGUGGGACAAUUUCUUGAAAGGUUUGGCCAACACUAAAACCGAGCAGCUCUUCUUACAAGCCAACGAUUUUGGAAAUACAGAUGUGCAUUAUUUUGAGUUACUGAAGAGGUUGAAACUUUUGGAUCUAACAGGUAGCACGUCACAUAUCAACCACAUGGGUUUGUUUAUUUUGCCACAACUUCUUACUUUAAUUCUAGAAGACUGUUCUAUAAAGGACAAUGAAUUGACGGCAACGUAUUUUUCACGGAUGAAAAGCUUGUCAAAUCUUAAUCUAGCUUCAAAUGGAAUCAUAGAUAUCAACCCAGCUUACAGUAAGUUUAGGUGGUAUAAUCUAGAUCUACAAGAAGUGGAUCUCCAAUACAACGAAUUGAAUACUAUUCACGAAUGGUCUUUUAGAGGACUAACGAAUUUGACAUCUCUGUACUUGAGAGGGAAUACAGCCUUAGCUUAUGUAAAUGUAUCAGCUUUUACAGAUUUGAUUAAUCUUCGGUUCCUGGAUCUAUCUGGAUGCUCUGUGAUCAAAGAAGUAUCGGUGUAUCUGCCUCAUUUGGAAACCUUCAUCUUUAACAACUGUACGCAACCGAGCUGGAUCAGCAUUAAAACAAUUUUCGUUCAGACUCUCAAGUCUCUCAAACAUGUAUAUAUGGGGAAUGCUAGCAUGAACUCGUUAUGGGAUGGACGUAACUCGGGCAGUCAAUCGUCUUUGUUUCAAGGAAUGCGAAAUCUCUUAACACUUGAUUUAAAAGAGAAUCCCAUUGUUGAAUUACGAUCGGGGUUAUUCUUAGAUCUUAUCUUUCUCGAAGAACUAAACUUAUGCGACUGUAAGCUCAGGUGGAUUGAAUCAAACACAUUCGAAGGUCUCCAAAGUUUAAAAAGCUUGUACUUACAGAACAAUGAACUAAAAACACUUCCAUUUGAAGUAUUACAGAGUAUGGGACAACUUCAGUUUCUGAACUUAGAUGGCAACAAAUUAAAGUAUAUCAAUGGGGACUUAUUUAUCAACUCAUCCAAACUAAACAGUUUAACUCUCGCUAAUAACAGCCUGUCUGUUCUGAAUCGUAGUACAUUUGAACCCAUACUUAAUUCUUUAGGACUUAUUGACAUUUCAGACAAUAUAUUGGCGUGCACUUGCAACUUGAAAUGGCUUCCAGUGUGGCUCAGAGGACCCAUCGUUGUCUUGAAUGAAGCUAGAACCAACUGUUCAUUGGCCUCACUGGAAGCAUUGAAAGGAAAGCCACUCCUGACAUUUGAUCCGGCUGAAUAUUGUGGUCCAAACAUGACUGUGCUGUUGAUGUCCAGUUUACUUCCCCUUGUAAUUGCAAUGAUUGCCGUAGUCAUGAUCGUUGCCCACCGAUACCGUUGGUUCUUGAGGUACAAAUUAUUUCUUCUAAAACUGGCAGUCAUAGGUUUUCGAGAGGUGGAAGAUGCUCGAGAUUUUAAUGAUUUUGAAUUUCAUUUCGACAUCAUGUUUGCGGAGGAGGACGAACGGUGGGUCAUGGAGCGCUUUCGUCCAGUCUUAGAAGAACUGCUUCCGGAAUACGACAGGAAUGUAUACGGUGAUGGCGACCUUCCCCUUGGGAUGUACUACUGUGACGCAGUACAUUACGUGGUUGAAAGGAGCUUUAAGACCAUCGUACUGGUCAGCAGACCUGCCAUCCAGGACAACUGGUUCGUCAUCAAGUUUAGAACCGCUGCGGAUCAGGUCAAUGACACCCAGGUAGAGAACAUGGUGGUGGUCUUCUUGGAGGAUAUACCAGACGACGAGCUUCCAUUCUUGGUGAGGCUGUAUCUAAGUGAUCGUCAGCCAUACCUUGGUUGGGAAGAGGAUGAGAGGUUCCAUGAGUACUUCUGGCAAAUACUCAGCAAGAUGUUGACUAUAAACCUGAGGUGCAACAAUGUCGUCCCUCCCGAAUAACUCCAAAAAGAGUUAAGAUUGUACAAAAGUUUGGUUUUCUGGUACAAUUCAUAUCAAACCAUUUUUUUAUAUUCAAACCGAAGAGGAGCAUUCUAAGGCUUGUUUG